GAUUAGCACGUCAAGAAAACAAGACAACAAAUAUAAUAAAUAUUUUGAUUUGUCAAAUUAAUUUACUUUUAGUAUUUACCGAAAAUGAGCAACAAAAGCAAGAAGGCCACUGGAGGUGCAAGUGAUGCCAACCAACAGAGACUAGCCAAACAGCGUUCACAUGACUCUCAGGACUACAGCGCCUUUAAGGUGGUCCUUUUCUACUGCUCUCUGAUAGUAUUCCUGCCCGUGGUGACAUUUUUCGUACUUAAGGGCUUCGUACUGGAACGCUUCUUCACCAUGUCAGAUGUAAAAGUGAACAUUGCUGCUGCGGUGGGCGCUGUGGCCGCACUGCACGUUUCAUUGGGCGUUUAUAUCUAUCGAGCCUAUUUUGGUGGCUCAAAAGCAUCCAAAGAAGAUUAACUGGCAUCGACUCCAAAAGAGCAACAAUUGCGACUGUUCCAUAUGUAUCAUUUCCAAUUACAACGUUUUAUGUUUUCGCUGCGUUCGUUUGUUAUAAGCAUUAGCGUUAAGUAAACUAAUUACAAACUACCCAAACGAAAA